AUGGGUGGGAAAAGUUCGAAACCAGUGGUAAGCAGUGAACCUAAGAAGAUCACCCUUGACAUUGCCAUCACAGGAAUGACAGGGACUGGCAAAUCAUCCCUUGUCAAUGCCCUGCGGGGCCUGUCAGAUUUUGAUGAGGAGGCAGCCGAAAUUGGUGUGACACAAACGACAAUGGAGCCAGUGGGUUAUCCACACCCUGCCUUUCCAGACGUAACAAUAUGGGACCUUCCAGGAAUUGGGACACCUCAUUUUAAAGCUGAGGAAUACCUAGAAAUGAUAAAUUUCAACCAAUAUGAUUUCUUCAUAAUCGUCGCUUCUAGUCGCUUUACUGUCUAUGACAUCCAGCUGUCCCAUGCAAUUCAGAAAAUGAAGAAGCGGUUCUACUACGUGCGCUCCAGAAUGGACAACAGUAUUAACUGUGAAAAACUGAAUCCAGACUUCAACGAGGAAGAAACCCUUCAACGAGUCAGGAAAGAUUGCCUUGAUAAUUUGGUGGAAGCUGCUGGUAUUUCUUCUCCACAGAUUUUCCUCAUCUCCAGUUGGUACUGGGAUAAGUACGAUUUCCCUCUCCUGCAAAGGACCUUUGAGAAUGAAAUCGAGGCUCUGAGGAGACGUGUCUUAAGACCAGCUGUGCCGCCAGACUCCGAAAAUAAGAGAGAUGACAAAUCAACCAAACCAUCCAAAGGAAGUGGAAUCCGUUCCAAGCUCAUUGAAAAGUUCUUAAAAAUUGACCUUGCAAAGCUGAGGGAUGCUGUGAGGCAAAGAAAUUUCGAAGAGGUGACAGAGGAAAUGCGUCAAGAAUUGGAUGCGUUACAAAACGUCAAGCUUGACAUUGCCAUCACAGGAGUGUCAGGUGCUGGUAAAUCAUCCCUUGUCAACGCCCUGCAGGGCAUGUCCGAUUAUGAAGAAGGUGCAGCAAAGGUUGGGGUAACGCAAACGACCAUGGAGUGUCACGCCUAUCCACAUCCUUUGUUUCCAAAUGUAACCAUAUGGGAUCUACCAGGGAUUGGGACACCUGAAUUUAGACCAGAGGAUUAUCUAAAGAAGGUCAACUUUAGCCAGUAUGAUUUCUUCAUGAUUGUUGCCUCAGAACGUUUCACUGAGAAUGAUGUCCUCCUGGCCCAUGAAAUUAAGAAAAUGAAGAAGAAAUUCUAUUUUGUGCGCUCCCAAAUGGAUGUCAGUAUAACCGCUGAAAUGAGGGACCCAAAGUUCAAUAUGGACAGAUCCCUUCAGAAGAUACGAAAAUACUGCUGUGAUAACUUGACAGAGGUAGGAGAAUCUAAUCCAAGCGUUUUCCUCAUCUCUAGGCGAAAUUUGAAUAUGUAUGAUUUCCCAAAUCUGCAACAGGCCAUGGAAAAUGACCUGGAUGACUUCAAGAGACAUGCUUUAAUCCUGGCUCUGCCAGUUUUCUCAAGAGAAAUUCUAAACAAGAAAAAGGCUGCCAUGGAGGCUUUUAUUUUGAUAGCUGCCAUUGUAUCCUGUGUUUUUGGAGUGAUUCCUGUCCCAGGACUCUCUUUGGCCUGUGAUCUUGGCAUCUUGGUAGGAGCACUGCUCCUUUUCUACAAAGUCUUUGGCUUGGAUGAAGCGUCCCUUCGCCGAGUUGCGAAAGCGGUUGGCAAAGAUUACCAAGUGCUGAAAUCUGCUAUCAAAAAGUGCCCAAUGUCCAGUGAGAUUACACCCAAAUUUGUAGCUGGUCGCUUGGCCCAGGCAGUGAUUUGGGCAACUCUGACAGGAAUAGAACUGGCCUUGGAUUGUGUACCCAUACUGGGCUCUCUGUUUGGGGGCGUUAGUUCAUUCAUCACCACGUUCUUCAUGCUUAGCAGCUUCCUGAAGGACAUUGUGGAAGAUGCAGAAAACGUUCGGGCAAAAGCCACUGAGCCUUGA